AUGGCUUCGAGUCUGGUAUUCUUUUCAAGGCGGCAGCAAGAGGGUACGAGAGGAGGAACGAGCAUGUUGGGGUUCCAGGGAGCCUUAGUUUACGAGGAAGGAUUGCAGCCAAACAGCAUCACACGAAGGAGGGAAGAAACAGAGGCUUGUGAACUUGCAGGGCUCAUAUUAGAGGGCUCAGUUCAUCUCCGCCUCCGUAAUCAAGCGUUGUGCCGUCUGGAGGAUGUGGAAUGGAAUGGUGAGAGAGAAGCUCUGGAGCUCUGCUUGGGUGUUGGAAUGUGGGGCUACCGCGGUGCCAAGUAUUUCCGCACACUAAUCCGCAGGCGGUCUACCGUUGGGCAAGUACCUCUCCACAUCUCUGCAUAUUGUACGGAGUACUCCGUAUGCUUUCUUGACAUCCUGCUAUCUAUCCUCCGCACGGUGAAGCAAAAGGCAUGUUCAAGGAACCCAUUCCACAGCUUUCAAUACCCGAGCAACAUUUCACCACAGAUCCCCAUGACCUUGCGCUUGGCCCUCCCGUCCAGCGCAGCGACUUUGCAGCGGGAACCAAUGGGCCAUGCAACAAUCCAUGUUCAAGCACAGUUUGCCGGUGCAUCCUGGCCUAAAAUAAGCAACACACCCGCCACCGAGCAGAGGCAGAGUCGGAAUUGA